AUGGCCAAUAAUUGUCCAGAGAAGAAGAAGUAUGAGACUAGUAGGGUGCAGCAGCCGGAGAGAGUAUACACCACUUUUGCAGCAGGAGAAACUCAUUCAUUCAUUGCAUUUGAAAAGGCUAAUGAGUUAGGAUUGAGAAUGGUGGUUUUAGGUUAUGAUUUGAAAGUGUAUAAUGAUACUCAUGAAGCUAUGGUGACUAGGAUAGGAUGUCCACAAGUUACCUUUCGAGUGCAACAGCGUGAAUUUGUGCAUGAUUUAAUUUGUUUACCGAUGAUUGGUCUUGAUCUCAUCUUGGGAUUGGAUUGGUUAUCUAAGAAUCAUAUUUUGCUUGAUUGUUCUGAGAAGUCAGUACAGUUUAUGCCGGAAGGGUCAGAAGCGCCAGUUGUUGCGAAUAGUUACUAUUUGAAUUCUAUGAUAGUAAACUAUUCUGGAACUGAAUGUCAGGGUAUUAUGUUAUUAACUAUGGGAGUAUCAGUUGGUACCUGGAGCCUGUCUGAUUUCGAUUACACCUUCAGGAUGUCACCUUUAGAAAUGGCUGAAUUGAAAGCUCACCUGGAAGAUCUGUUAGUGGUAAAGAAGAAGGAUGGGAGUAUGCGUUUGUGUGUCGAUUAUCAGAAACUGAAUAAGAUCACUGUGAAGAAUAAAUACCCACUGCCUAGAAUCGACGAUCUAAUGGAUCAAUUACAGGGUGCCAGUGUGUUCUCUAAGAUUGAUUUGUGA